ACAGGCAAGGUCGCCAUUUUAACGGAGCAACCCUAGUGACAGGAGCUGAGCGCAGGUUGUCCGGUCCCCCCCUCCCCCUUCCCUUCUCCAGCUGAUUUCCUGGCUCCCCUACUGUCCGCAUUCCCGGCCCCGCCAUGUCCCAGAAACAAGAAGAGGAGAACCCUGCGGAGGAGACCGGAGAGGAAAAGCAGGACACACAGGAGAAAGAAGGUAUUCUCCCUGAGAGAGCCGAGGAGGCAAAGCUGAAGGCCAAAUACCCCAGCCUAGGACAAAAGCCUGGCGGCUCCGACUUCCUCAUGAAGAGACUCCAGAAAGGGCAAAAGUACUUUGACUCAGGAGACUACAACAUGGCCAAGGCCAAGAUGAAGAAUAAGCAGCUGCCCAGUGCGGGAGCAGACAAGAACCUGGUGACUGGCGACCACAUCCCCACCCCACAGGACCUACCCCAGAGAAAGUCCUCGCUCGUCACCAGCAAGCUUGCGGGCGGCCAAGUUGAAUGAUGCUGCCUGGGGCCCCACCAGAUCCUGAGACGCUGUCCCCCCUGGCUCCUGUGCUGGCUCCUGCCCCCCUUAUUUUUGCAGCCAGGGGUGAUGGGGGGCGCGGGGCGGACUCAGGCCGGGGAGGUGAGGCCCUGCCUGUUGGCGCCCCGGCACUGGAGCCCCUUGGGCUGAGCACCAAGACCUUGAACCUUUUUUGUUUCACCUUUUUUCCAACUAACCAUUUGGAGAAACCUCAGUGGAAUUCUGGGUGGGGCGGGGGUGGGGGGCGGGAGGACAUGCACUGGGCCUUGGAGUCGAUGAAACCGUUUCUGACUCUCCUUAGCCAUAUUUAGGGGCUGGAGUUUGGGGAAUAGACGGAAGACGAAGGCAUCUCAUUGAGCUCUGUAGAAACACGCCCCGCUGGCCUCUGUGCCUGGGAACCUGGUGUCAGAGGAGAGGACUUGUCAGCUAACUGGCCAGGAGCGCGGCUCCUCUGGUUCUGCAGAGCAUGCCGAGAUUGCAGUGUGAACUGUUCAUUAAAAAGGAAAACAAAGUGCUGACCUUGGAAUAGAUUUGCUGUGGGGUGAAGGGCAAGGGCAGUGGUAGGGGGAGGGGCCAUGAGUGUGGGGAGCCCCACAGAGCCCAGGGAGACAUUUUUCAGUUUUGGAAAUUUAAAAAAAAACCUGCAGGAAAACCCAGCUCAGAAAGACUC